UCCUGAACAGCGGAACAGUCAAUUGAACACGGGAACAGCGCAAGGACGAGGGCCAGAGAGCCUUCUUGAGCUUCGAGGACUUUCGUAAAGGUUUCCGGGCGUGGUGGGAGCGGCGGCGGCGGCGGCGGGGCGUGAUGGCGGGCGGCGGCGGCGGGGCGGCGGCGGCGGCAGCGGCCCUCGCGUCGGAUAUCAGCCGCCGAAACCCGCAGGAUGAAUACGAGCUCAUCCAGCGCAUCGGGAGCGGGACCUACGGCGAUGUUUACAAGGCAAAACGUCUUAUUACAAAUGAGUUUGCGGCCAUCAAAGUCAUCAAGCUGGAACCAGGUGAUGACUUCACAAUCAUCCAGCAAGAAAUCCUGAUGAUGAAGGACUGCAGACACCCAAACAUUGUUGCUUACUUUGGGAGUUAUUUACGGAGAGACAAACUCUGGAUAUGCAUGGAAUUUUGUGGAGGCGGAUCCCUGCAAGACAUAUACCAUAUUACUGGACCUCUUCAAGAGCGUCAGAUUGGUUAUAUGUGCAGGGAGACAUUGCGAGGGUUGGAGUAUCUCCACCGAAUGGGUAAAAUGCACAGAGAUAUAAAGGGCGCCAAUAUCUUACUAACGGAGAAUGGUGAUGUGAAGCUGGCUGACUUUGGUGUGUCAGCUCAGAUCACAGCCACCAUAAGUAAACGAAAGUCUUUCAUCGGCACACCAUACUGGAUGGCACCAGAGGUUGCAGCAGUGGAGAGGAAGGGUGGCUAUAAUCAACUUUGUGAUAUUUGGGCUGUUGGAAUUACGGCCAUUGAGUUAGCUGAACUCCAACCACCUAUGUUUGACCUUCAUCCAAUGCGUGCCCUUUUUCUCAUGUCCAAGAGUGGCUUCAAGCCCCCAACGUUAAAAGACAAGGCAAAGUGGACGCAAAAUUUCCAUCAUUUUGUUAAACUGAGUCUAACAAAGAACCCCAAGAGACGUCCAACUGCCGACAAAUUACUCCUUCACCCUUUUGUGGCGGCUGACCUUCCCAAGUGGCUGGCUGUUGAAUUGUUACAGAAAGCUCACAACCCACAGCAUUCAUUCCCUCCUGAAUUAGAGAUUGAUGAGGAAGGGGCAGUCACAAAUGUUCCUCAGAGAAUAACCUCAAGAACUCCUGCACGACCUAAGCAGAGAACUAAGUCAGAACUGCACAUGGAAUCUGUCAACUUUGGUGCUCCACUAGUCACAGAAUUAAAUGCAGAGCCACCUCCAGCCAGGUACCAGGGGGCAGGGCAGCCAUGGGACCCAGCCAUGGAGGAGGGAGAAGUAUCACUUGACAACCAUGACGUUGCAUCCAUGUUGAUGGAGAGUGAUCCUGAUAAUGACGUAAAAACCAAUCUGACCUGGACCCAGUCACUCCCUGGAGCACGGAGGGGCAGAGUGGGGCACAGGGACCCAACGGCUAAUGGCCCCAGUGAGAAUGGUGGCUAUUUGAGACUAGAUAUGGACAGCAGCGAUAGAGACUAUGCAAAUUUACCUCCCCUUGAUCUCUCUUAUCACUCUGACCUGAGUUACUAUGACCCCCCCAAUGCCAUGAACACCUCCUAUGGUUCCAACCAGCAACCACAGAGGGCUGGGAGGAGCUUUGAGUUAGGCGAUGGGGGCAUCCAAGAUUCGUUCACACACGACUACUACUUAAAUAAUCACUACAGUCAACGAGAGAUAGACAAUAAGCACUCAUACCUUGAGGGUAGUAAUGGUUACUCAGUUCCCGACAGUGAUAACAACGAUUACAUGACAACCUCAUUCAUUUUGAAGGAGGAGGAGGUUCCCUACCAUGACCCAACCUGUACAGUUGCUGACUGUCAGAGACCUAGUUGUCUGAUCCCGGACUAUUGUGAUGACACGACAAUACCAUACCGUUCCCUUGCCCCAAAAGACCAAUCCGACCAAGGGACCGAACGCCCCACUCGGUCCCGAUCCCAUUCGCGACACCACAAAAGACACCGGCACCGUUCGAAGAGUGACAUGGGCUCCUUGAAUGGCCCUCAACAAGCCCCCCCCUCCUUCCGGGAUGCCCAGGAAGGCCCUCCCGCGAGUGAGGCGAUGUCCGACACUCUCAGAAGGGAGAAACGGCCCCUCUCUGGCUCAGACGUGCUGCGAAUGUCUCCAAGGAGCCUAUUGCAGUAUAUUGAUGAAGAGUUGCGAAUGAGGGGUCACAGCGAUCGUCUCUCUGACUUGGACGUGGACAUGACCUACUCCUCGCAAGCAACCCUGCCGGUGGGUAUGGAUGAUACCUCCCUAACUGAAGCUAGUCAGGCCCUCGACAAGGCCAAUCAUAACAGCAGGUACAGCCAGUCAUCAUCACCGGGACGGGAACGAGGGCAUGCAAGAAGACAUUCCAGUGCUGAUGCUCACCAGGAAGAGGGGGAAGAGCUCACAGACCAGACUGCCACUCUUACCCUGACAUCGGCAACAGCACGCCAGAGAGCUCAGAGUGACAGCCAGCAUGAUCGCAGACGAGAUGGUUCAAAAGAGAAUGGGCAAGCAGGGAGUGGAGGAGAGGAGGAUGGAAGUGGCACACCCCCUGUUCCACCUCGGAGAAAAGAUAAACGGAGACACAACACACCUCCGAGACCUCAGUCGAAUGGCCUCCCACCCACCCCAAAAGUCCAUAUGGGAGCUUGCUUUUCAAAGGUGUUUAAUGGUUGCCCACUACAUAUCCACUGUACUGCCUCCUGGAUACACCCAGACACUCGAGACCAGCACAUACUGAUUGGAGCAGAGGAAGGGAUUUACACAUUAAAUCUCAAUGAGCUACAUGAAGCAGCCAUGGAACAGCUGUUGCCUACCAGAACUACUUGGAUGUUUGUCAUAAAAGAUGUGCUGAUGUCCAUAUCAGGAAAAGGUCCCUAUCUCUAUCGGCACGAGUUGAUUGGUCUUCACAAUCGACAUUUGCACAAGUUCUCGCUUCCCAUGAAUAAAAUCCCAGAAAAGUUCUUGCCAAGAAAAUAUGCAAUCACAACUAAGGUUCCGGAUACGAAAGGGACUUUGCGAUGCUGUGUAGGCCGUAAUCCCUACAAUGGCUACAAGUACCUGUGUGGCGCAACCAGCUCCUCUCUGUACCUGAUGCAGUGGUAUGACCCUCUUAACAAGUUUAUGCUGCUCAAGCAAAGUGAGUGCUACCUGCCUCAUCCUCUAAGAGUAUUUGAGAUGGUGAUCACGCCAGACCUAGAGUAUCCCCUCAUGUGUGUUGACGUCAACCGCAGCUACGGCUCGGAAGACAUCUUACGCCACAACCUCAUAAACCUCAAUACUGGCACGACUUGGACCCCUGAAGAUGACGAUGACAUGGAUGGAAUGGCUACUGUGGUCCCCCGGCAUAAUUUAAAUGUAAAAAAUGUCACGCAAAUUGAGAAGGAUGCCAUUCUAGUCUGCUUCGAAAAUGUUGUAAGAGUAGUUAAUUUACAAGGGAAGAUUAAGGAAAGAAAAAAACAAACAUCGGAACUUAAGUUUGAUUUCAACAUUGAUUCCAUAGUGUGUUUAACGGACAGUGUGUUAGCAUUUCAUGAGCAUGGGAUGCAGGGUCGAAGUUUCAAGAAUGGGGAAAUCACACAAGAGAUUAUCGACAACUCUCGACUCUUCAGGUUACUUGGCUCUGACCGAAUCAUCACACUGGAGAGCCGACCGUCAUCAAUGUUGGAGCCAAGUAGUGCAGCCUCAGGGGAGAACCAGGGCGUCAAUUUGUACAUUCUUGCUGGACAUGAAUCUAGCAUGUACUGAGCUGUCCUCUGAUGGCUGCUGCAACAGUGAGAGCAAGAUACAACGAGAAGAGCAAGGGGUGCAAGUGGCUUGAGUGAGCGUGGCUUAAUGUUCGAGGAAAUAAGAAUGUGCUUGGACUAGUGUUUAGGGUACCAGAAAGGGACACCCUGCAAUCUCUUUAGAGUCCAGAUCUUGGUGUAGAGAUGCGUGUGUGAUAUACCAAGGUACCAGGUACUAUUUUCCUUAAAAAGACGAAAGAAGAGAGUUGUCUUAAAGGAAAAAAGACAGUGAGAGAAUUCAAUGGUUGAGACAAUAGAAGAGUGCUUUUAAUUGGUUUAAGUCUGCCCGGAUACCUGAACUUUUGUGUAUUUUAAUUGAAUUUUGCCUCGAUUAUGACUUCCUGGAUUGCUCAGAGUGAGAAAUGGAAAUUCCUUUUUGACAGGAUUUAUAGCUACCAAAGAGGUGAGUGACUUCUAAAACACAGAAGAAAAAUAUAUAUGUACCAAUAAAUACAAAAAGGUUCUAUAUUAUAGCUAAAAGCUUAUCAUUCACAACCAGCACACAUAUUAUGGAAGUUUAAUUUUCAAUUUAUAGAAAAAAAUUAUUGUUGUUAGAACAAAAAUAUUUUAAAGAAUAAUAAAAUGAAAUGGAGAAAAAAUUCAGAGGUUUAAACAGCCAUUCUGCUGAUAAAAUUGAUAGGAAGCAUACAGAUUCUGUAUUAUCUGUGUUGAAGGAAAGUGAUAGUUAAAACCCUGCUUUAAUUCAGAAAUUAUACUACUUUUGAAAUGUUGAAUCUCCUAAAUACAAGGAUGAGGGAAUCACUAAUCCCAAACAGACCUGCAGUAUUUGCCAUAAUGAUAAGGAACUCCAGUGAACUUUCAGUGAAAAUUUUAAUCAUAUUUUGUUUAGUAUUUAUAUAUUUGGAGCUUUGUUUUAAGACAUUUAUCAGUUAGACUGCACUCUUGUGCAAACUAUACAGAUUGUUCUAAGGUUGUCCACAAUUGGCUAUACUACAAUGCACCAGGCAGGAAAAAGGGUUUAAUUUCAUGCAAAGAAUGCUCCAUGUUUUGGUGAUUGCAGCAGAUAUGAUAUUUAUGGUGAAAUCUAGCCCUCAAAAGGCCUAAAAAUUGUGGCUUUAGUCCAUAACUGAAAUACUGAUGAUAUUUUAAGGACUAAAUUCCAGUCUUCUUAGUGGCUCAGGACAGUUUUUAUGAAUGUGUGUAUAAAGAGAGAAUUUUUACGAUAGCUGUAUUAGUCCAUUCUUUGCAGUGCAUGACAGGACAGUGUGAAAUCUUUGCACAGUCAGUGAUUAGCUCUGUCCUCUUCAAUUCAUGCCAAUAAGUUCUUCAUACUGUUUUAAGGGAAACUCAAUCAGCAUAGGGCUGUAUGCUCAGUACUAGAAUGUAACCUUGUUUGUUGUAUGUACAUCCAGGUGAGAACCUCAUGUCCAGAUUGUAGUAUGUCCAAGGUGUACCCAGCAGUGUUGCAGUGUAACAGUAUUUCAAUAGUACCAGUAUGCUGUAGAUCUAAUUUUAAUGGCUGUAAAUGUUUAACAAAAACAUUUACAUGCGAGUUGUUAGACAGAAAGAACUUACGAAGGCAAAGCUGUUUUAUUUUUGUUUUUGUUUUUGUUUUUUCAAGAAAAAUGAAAUCCUAUGGAGUUAGUAAAUUUCUGUAAGCUGAUCUUGUAUCUGUCCAAAGCAUCAUAUUUCCUGGCUCACAAGAUGUGAACAUCAUGCAUUCAUCUUUCUCCCAAAGGAAACAGAGAGUAGCUCUUUCACUUAUUUAACUAUGCAUUGAUAAGUAAUAAUCAGUAUUUUAUGGGAUGACAAUUCCUUUAUUUGAGUGAUAUAUUUAAAGAGGUGUGCUGCUGUCUCUCUUUCUGCAAAGCCUAGCUUUUUUUUAUUUCUUUAGUAUGUAUAGACAUUUUAACAGCAGGAAAACAGUGCAAAACAGUGAUAUAGUGAGUGCAUGGGUCUGAGAUUGAGAACUUUGAAAUCACUGAAUGUCUUGUUAUUAACUUAGAAUGUUUUGCAAAAAAUAAGUAAACAGAUAUUGGAAAUACUCCAGAUCAAAGCAGUUGUCUCCAAGACAAAAACUGUAGCAUUGCAAGUUGAAGUUGUGAAACUCUAGAAUAGGCUGAAAGUAUUGAUGAGUCAGGCAGCCAUAUGAAAUGUAUAUUUCAUGGCCUUUGUACUUGGUUUUGAUCAGAGGAAUUUUGUGUUUUAAAUGUAUUCAAGUAAAUUAAAUGUGACAUACAUUUUCUGAAAGGUUCAGGGUGCACCUUAUUUUUUACUGGAUAUAAGGAAAUUUCAGGAUGAUCGGGGAAGGGAACUGCUGUUAAAGUGCACGAAGACUGGUAUAUUCUGUGGUGCUUGUGGAGGUUAAACAAGAAAAUGAGAGUGAAAAAGCAAGGAAGAUAGAGAUUGCUGUCUGUUUUUAAAUGAAACAUUUAUUGACAACACAAAAGGCGACAUCUGGCAUAGGCGAGAUGAAAAAAAAUUAAGGUAAACUGUUUUAAAACGGGUUGGUAAAAUAGCACUUUAGAUUUGAAAAAGAUCAUAGUAGUACUUGGCUCUUGACAGUAAGGAAGGAGAAUUAGCAUUUUUAUGUAUGCCCAAGUUUUUUUUUUUGUGUGUGUGUGUGUGUGUGUGUGUGUGUGUGUGUGUGUGUGUUUGUUUUUGUGUUUUUGUGUGUGUGUGUCUGUCUGUCUGUCUGUCUGUCUGUCUGUAAGUAUUGUACACUUACAAGGGUGUUUGAUGCUCUGUUUCAUUUGGGUUUAUUUUUUUCUGGCUGUUGUGUACAUGUGAAGGUUAGAGAGUGAGUGAAUGGAGGAAUGUUUCACAGCUCAAGCUUUACAAAAUAGUUAUAAGUGUGAUGUCUGAUUUUUUGUUUUAGGGAAUAGUAUAGGUUUGUCUUGUGUGCACUUAUUUUUUCCUUGUUCUUUUUGUCACUUUUUUUUCCUUACAUUGUGAAACUCGUUAUACGAAGAAAUAGCAGAGAUUACUUCUAGUGAGAGGUAAAAGAAAGGAAAGAAACCAUUCCCUCUAGUUUGUAAGAUCUUCACAACUCUAAGCUUAUGAACUUUCUUCCAUUUAUGCAGGAUUUGAUUCUAGCUUCUAUUAACAGCAUUGAAUAUAAUUUGGUCAGAUUCCAUUUAUCUGUAUAUCAUACUUUAAUCCUUGACGGUGUUGGGAGCAGACCAUUAUAUAUAUCAAGGGUAAAUGUGGAGUUCAUGCUCUGGGUAUCUGAUAUAGAAGAAAACGUAGGUCAGUCGUAUCUGCUGUUGACCCACAGUGAUGUGCGUACUGUUGUUUGAAAUAACAAAGAAUUUUCUAACGGGUUAUAUGCUAUGUAUAAUUUUGUAUUACUUGAUAUUACUAUGUUACCGACAUUUUUUGUGAUUUAAAUUCUUGUCAUAUAUAUAUAUAUAUGUGUAUUACCUGCAUGCCCUUGUCUGAUUGUGUUGUACUCCAUAUCCAUCAUAGAAGUUUAGCUUUUCAUUACAGUUUAAGCAUUGAAGUUCAGUAGAUUUUUUUUUUUUUUUUUUUUUUUUUUUUUUUUUUUUUUUCCAUUGAUAUAUAUCAUUUAUAUUGGAGUGAAGUCAUGUGUACUUAAUUGAUUGCUCAUGCUAUCCACCUUGGUUUGAUAUUGGUGCUUGUGGUGUGGUGUUGGCUAGGCUGAAGUCUUGGCUCGGUGACAGACAUUGUAAAGAGGAAACUACAAGAUACACUGUAGAAAGGAAACUAUGAUAGACUCUGUCCCAGAUGCAAUAUUCCUAGCAAUUGUUACUGUAAAACAUUUUGUUGAUUUGAUUACAUUGAGGGAGUGCUUGGUAAUGGUCUAACAAUUAAGAUAUGGUACCUUCAUAGUAGGACCACACAAAUCAAAACAAAGUGUAGUGGCUUACUCAUUCCAAAUUGUUUGUGUGUAUACAUCACAGCAAAUUAUAUGGAAAAACUGAAAUAGCAAAUUGGAAAUAUGUGGUACUUAUUUGAUGUUAGAACUAGAUAAUCAAAAUCUUAGAAGUCUUACGCAUGACUUGAAAGGUUAGAUUAAGAUAUGAAGGGAAAACUUUACCACAGUGGUAAUAAAACUUUAGUUCUGAUGUAGUGCCUUGAAUGUACAGUUUAAAAGGUUUUGUUAUAGUGUUAUUUUUUUUUUUUUUCCUUUUUUUUUUUUUUUUUUUCCUUUUUUUUUUCCCCCAUACCCAAACCCCCACCCCACCCCACCCCAAAGAGAGGAGAUAUCAUUUAUCAAGCUUUUCAUAUAUAGUUACAAAAAUCUGGUACAUAAGGUUAUGAAUACAGUAGCUUGUCCACAGGGCUGUCAAAGAUUACAAUAUGCAUAUCCAAGAAAAAAAAGAAAAAAAAAAGCCCAGCAAAAUGUAUUCAUUGCAUCAGCGACCGCAUGAUUUAACAGUUGUGAUAUGUAUUUAGAAAGAUUUUUAGCUUCUUGUAGGUAGCAUUCACACAAAGAAUUGCUGUAUCAAAAUGGGUACAUGAGACUGGAAGUGACUUCUCAUGCAGCAAUGUACUCACCAGAAAAUCUUCCCCAUAGUACUGUUCCCUUUUGCAUGAAAACAGUGGCAAGGCAUUUAUUGUGGGCUUACCCAAACACACAAUGAUGUGUUCCUAGAUUAGGAUUAUUGUCAUUUUCCUGUCUGGAAAUAGGUUCAGAAACCAAUGAAAGUAAAAUUGGUUCUUGUAUAUAUAUAUAUUUAUAAACAACUUAUGUAAAUUGAUAAAUUUUUUGUACAUAGAGACUAGGUGAAGACAGGAGUGGAUGCAGCACCUGAGCUGACUGCUUCUUCACUCUCCCAAGCUUUAAAGUGGACCCCUCAUGCUUACCAGAGGCUACCAACCUCUCCCAUUAUAUCUAUCUAGCUUCUAGCUCCACACAGCUACCCCACCUCAUAUCCAAUGUUCGUUUCUAUUCUUUACGUAGUCACAUAUUCAAAGCGAGUAAAGUUGUUUGAGUCUGUGAAGAGUACUGGAUAUGGAUGUCCAUCUUGUAGAAGCACACAAGUGUUAAUGGAUCUAAGGGUGCCAGACUGUGUGCAUGUGAAAGCAGUAACAUCAUUGCAGUUUAACCAAAGAAAGCAUACCAUUGCAUUCCAUGUCACAUGCAGUUUGGCAUCAUAUUGUAUUUAUUUUAAGUAUAAUUUCCAUACAACUACCAUCAUGAAAACCAAACAGUCUCAUCCGUGGUGCAGAGGGCUUUAUCUAUUUGCAAAAUUUUUACAGAAAUAAAAUGAAGGUUAACCUGUUUCCUGUGUUUAUUAUUACUGUGUUGUGUUUGCACUUGAAAAUAUAUAUAUAUAUUGAAAAAAAAGUAAAAGUUGGGUAUUUCACAACAGUAGGUGGUUUAUUUGUACAGUUUAUUGCCAGUGAGGUUGUAUAUUAUGAAGCAAGAUUGAAACAAGUAUCAUAUAAGUAAAUAUAGAAUAAAAUUGGUGUGAUGAAAAACCUUAAUGUUUUUAAUGAUUACUUCAAGAAAUGUUUAUUUCUUUGGAAAUCCUCAAUUUUAUAUAUCUAUAUAAAAGCCUUUUACAGUUUUGAUAUUAUAUAUGUAAGAAAUCAACUUGUAUAUAAAAAGUGAUACAAAUCUUCAGACUUCUCUUAAUCAUCAGUACAUUGUUGAGGAAAAAAGUUUUGGAUCGGUGAUUGUCAGUUUUUGAUGGCUUAAAUGCAUACAGGUAAGAAAAAUAUUAAUUGUGUCAGGUGAUGAGGGGAUUAUUUGGUUUGGGUGGUGUAAGUUCAUGGUUACCACGAGUUCUUAAAUUUAUCAAAUUUUACUAAUGAUACUGAUUCUAUUCAUCAAGUUAGAGGAGCAUGUCCCUUGUAAAAAGAAUAUGGUAAUUUCAGUGAGGAAGAAAACAAAAAAAAAAAUAUGACCCAGAUGAUUAGGCUAAAAGGAAAAUCAGUACCCAUUCUGUCACUCGGCUGGCUCUGAAAUAUGUCAGAAGUAGAAAGCUAGCAGAUUUUGAUCUCGGUCGUUUGUGCAAUACUUCAUUUCUCUUGGUAAAUUAGAUAGCUGGAGCAGAAUCUAAUUUUGCAAAAGAAGAUAACGAAUUUUUGAAAUAUGGUUUGUUAACCCCUAAAGGUUGGCAAAAAAAAAAAAAAAAAAAAAAAAAAAUGUUUUGAUAGUCAUGCAAAGUUGGGAAUGGGAGCUUUAGAUAAUUAAAGCACUUCUUUUGGGCAACUUUCCAUCUCUUGUCUAUUGUGCAUAAAGGACUAAAUGAUGGUUACAGUAUUGCAUUCUUAAAGGGUUGAAUAUUUCCUGUUAACUUUGCUACUUUUUCUUCUUAAUUCCUUUCUCCUCUUCAAUUUUGUGUCUAUAUCAGUCCAAACACACAAUGUGUGUGUAUAUUCCCAACUGUUAUAUAAUUGGUUAUAAAGAAGUGCUAGAGUUUAUAAAAAGUGAUCAGAUCUGGGUAGUGGUUUAAAAUUUGAAUUUCAUGGUAGUCAGACAAGAUAUUGUAUCAGUUGUUGUUCAAGGCAAAGAAGUUGCUGUUGAUUCUCCAUUCUAUCUCAAGUGUUUAUUUAGAAAAAAAUCUCUUCCGAAAGUGAAUCACUGUAUUAUCCAUGAUGAUGAUUUGUUAAUCUAGCUGGCUAGGAUUUAGGAUAGCAAAAGGGGUUAACCUCUCUGAAGGGAAUAGUUGAUUUUUUUAAAAUUGUUUUUAAUAUCCUGUUGAAAUGUGUAGGUUCUGUCAGCCUUUCAACAUAAACAUUGUGAUAUUUGAGGAAGAUAGGAAGGAACUUCAGUCAUAUUAAUUGGUAUAUUGUUCUGUAAUGGGGUCAUGUAACUUUCAUAUACAUUUGUUGUAACUCUCAAGAAGUUAUGGAAAAUUGUCAUUACUCUUAAUAGUAAAAUAAACUUGAUUAACUUCAUAUUACCAUAUUUUUAUUCAGAAGGCUAUGGUGAUAGUCAGUCGAUUCAAGUAAAAUUAGAAAAUGAAUUGCCACAGAAGGAUGAUUCACAUCUAAUAAAUGAAAAUUCAGACAAUAGGCAAAACAGAAAUAUCAAAUGGUAUUUAAUGUUAUCCUAAUCAUAAAGAGUGUCUAUAAGUGCUUGUCUGGAUUGAGUGCUGAUGGUAAAGGUUGACAUUGUGAUUAAACGUGUAGUUUUGAAAACUGUGCUUUAUUUUUUCCAGAGAAUUUUUUUUUUUUUUUUUUUUUUUUUUUAUGCAUAAUGUUCAUUUCCUAGUUGAGUGAGUACCACAUUAGCUUAUCAAUUAUUUAAAGAAAUUAUUAUCAGGGGUGUUACUUUUGCUUUUUAGUUUGAUAUUUCAUGCUAUUAACCAAAGCAUACCGCACAAAGUGUUGCUAAUUACUCAGCAGUUUUAAUAGUAAUAUUUUCCUUUUCUUUUUUUGUGUAUGAGAAAAAGUAAAAAGAAAAGUUGGCUGUGUUAAAGUACUAUAUAAGGGGAAUAGAUUAAUCAAAACCGCAAUUUAUAUUCCACCAGUUUUUUUAAGUUCGACGAGGGAAUAUAUGGCCAUUAUAUGUUAGACUACGGAGACUGCGCGUAUCUUUGGCAGCCGCACCGACAAAGUGCGUCUGGAGGCUACGGCAUGUCACAGUAAUCUGGAGUUGUGUGGGCUGGAGGUUCUUCAGUAGCUCUUGUUUUACCCAGUGUACUGUAUAUACCCUCUUCCAUACAUUAUACAGUAUACCUUAUUCUUAAUGAUGAAGCACAAUAAAGUAUAUUGUAUUUAUUUUAA